GGUGUUGGGAAGAGGGAAGAGCCAGGCUGGCGCAACACUUUGCUGUCGUUUCCGAAGAGUUUGGGUGAUUGUGCCACUCCUGGGCGUGCUGCGCCGAUGGCCGGGCGGCGAGCUGUCACUCCUCGUCGCGUGGUGCUCUCUCACUGGCCGGGUUUCGCUGCAGCUGCGACUUCUCAAUGGGGUUCAUUGUAACGGUUUCACGUUGUAGCGGCGAGGAACCUCGGUGAAGCAGCGCUGCGACUGCGAUCGCGGUGAGGGAAGCGGAGCGCGGCGCUCGUCAGUGGCAAUCGUCCUGUCGUACAAGCGCCGAAGACCACAGAAGUGCGCAGUGGAGGGAGAUGCUGUCACAUGCUUGCUAGACUUAUUCGGGGACGGACUGACCAAUAUUUUAACAACGAGCCGGAAUCCUUUUUCUUUCUGUUAAGACGGGUUGCUUAUUUGAAUGCGCAGAAGGAUCGGGAAGCCGAAGGUUUGAUGCCCCUGAUUUGGCUGCGAUCAUCAUCUGCUCAUCUCAUGCUCUGGCUCAUCAAUCACUUUCCCUCCAGCUGUCCUGCUCCGGUCUGUGCUGUUGGAAGCUCUGUCCCCUACCCGCUGCACCGCUCUCACUGAGAACCUCCAGAUCCACACUUCUAGAUCCUCCUGGUCACCAGAAAGCUCUCCUGCCUUCCCUCCAUCCUCUCCUACUUUCUCCUCUGGCCCACAACAUGAACGGGAGGCGUGGCCUGUGGACAGCACUUGCCCUCUUCCUGCUGGUCCAAUGGGAGGCAGGCUCCUGGGGAAUGACCCUCAACUCCAUUCCGCUGCAUCCAGCAUCGCGCCGAGCCCAUGGGGCGGACCCAGGAGCACCUCCGCCCAGGCACAAGAGGAACUGGGUGUGGAACCAAUUCUUCGUUCUGGAGGAGUACACCGGCGACGACCCACUCUACGUUGGCAAGCUCCACUCGGACGUAGAUAAAGGGGAAGGGAGGAUUAAGUAUGUGCUCUCGGGCGAGGGCGCUACCACCAUUUUCACCAUCGACGAGAACACGGGCGACAUCCACGCCACAAAGAGGCUGGACCGCGAGGAGCAGGCGUACUACACGCUGAGGGCGCAGGCCCGCGACCGGGCCUCCAACCUCCCUGUUGAGCCCGAGUCAGAGUUCGUCAUCAAGGUGCAGGACAUCAACGACAAUGAGCCCAAGUUCCCCGACGGCCCGUACCAGGCCCAAGUGCCUGAAAUGUCUCCAGUUGGCACAUCCGUGGUCGAGGUGAAGGCAACGGACGCAGAUGACCCCACGUACGGCAACAGCGCUAGGGUCGUCUACAGCAUUCUCGAGGGGCAGCCAUAUUUCUCCGUUGAACCCAAAACAGGUAUCGUGAGGACAGCCCUGCCCAACAUGGACCGCGAGGCGAGGGACCACUACCUCCUGGUCAUCCAGGCCAAGGACAUGGGCGGCCAGAUGGGAGGCCUAUCGGGGACCACAUCUGUGACCGUCACCCUGACCGACGUCAACGACAACCCUCCGCGCUUCUUGCGAAAAUCCUAUCAGUUUCCUGUGUCCGAGUCUCUGCCUGUGGCCUCGGUGGUGGCCAAGAUAAAGGCCCUGGACUCAGAUGUAGGACCCAACGCUGAGAUGGAGUAUAGAAUUAUAGAAGGGGACGGCCUUGGGGUGUUCAGGGUGGAGCCAGACAGAGACACCCAAGAAGGGGUGAUAAUUCUACAGAAGAGUCUCGACUUUGAGACCAAGACGAGCUACGCCCUAAAAAUCGAGGCGUCCAACAGAAACACUGACCCGCGCUUCCGGGCUCAUGGGCCGUUCAGUGACACGGCGAUGGUGCGGCUGGCCGUGGACAAUGUGGACGAGCCACCCGUGUUCGUGGCGCCGCUCAGCAGGAUGGCGGUCUCGGAGGCGGCCAAAGUGGGCACCGUCGUUGGCACAGUAUCCGCCCUGGACCCCGACUCCAGCAACAGCCCCAUCAGAUACUCGAUAGACCGCAACACCGACCUGGAGCGCUUCUUCAACAUUGAGGCGUCGACUGGGGUCAUCAGCACGGCCAAGCCCCUGGAUCGAGAGCUCAAUGCUGUGCACAACAUCACCAUCCUCGCUGUGGAAAGCUUGGAUCCGACGCAGGUGGGAAAAGGGGUGACUCUCAUCACGGUGAUGGAUGUGAACGACAACGCACCAGUCUUCGCUAUAGAAUACGAGACGUUCCUGUGUGAGAGUGUCGGCCCAGGCCAGGUGAUCGAGACCAUAAGUGCAGUGGACAAAGAUGCGCCCCCAAGUGGCCAUCGCUUCUUCUUCUCUUUGAGCACGGAAGCUGCGGGAAACCAUAAUUUCACCCUCCGCGACAACAAAGACAACACGGCGUCUGUCCUGACCAAGCGGGGAGGUUUUCAGAGGCGAGAGCAGGCCACAUACCGCCUGCCUGUGCUCAUAGUGGACAGCGGGAGCCCGGCUCUCAGCAGCACAAACACCCUGUCCAUACGCGUGUGCGACUGUGACCAGGACGGCACCCCGCAGGCCUGUGGGACUGAGGCCUUCCUGCUGUCGGCUGGACUCAGCACCGGAGCCCUAAUGGCCAUUCUUGCCUGCAUCCUCACCCUUCUCGUGCUGGUGCUGUUGAUCGUGACCGUACGGCGGAGGAAGAAGGAGCCCCUGAUCCUGGACGAGGACCGCGAUGUGCGCGAGAACAUCGUGCGCUAUGACGACGAGGGUGGUGGCGAGGAGGACACCGAGGCUUUCGACAUGGUCGCCCUGCGCAACCUCAACGUGGCCCGCGACGGCAAGGCCCGGCGGGACGUCACGCCCGAGGUGCCCACCCUCUAUCUGUCGCGCCCCCCAGCGUACAGGAUCGCCCCGGACAGUGGUGUCUUCCGCGAGUUUAUAUGGGAGCGGCUGAAGGAGGCGGAUGUGGACGCGUCCGCACCACCCUACGACUCACUGCAGACAUACGCAUUUGAGGGCAGCGGCUCGGUAGCCGAGUCACUCAGCUCGCUCGAGUCUCUCAGCUCAGACUCGGAGCAGAACUAUGAUUACCUGAGCGACUGGGGGCCCCGCUUCAAGAGGCUCGCUGACCUCUACGGCCGCGCCGACAGCGGCACCGUGUUCUCCUCCUAGCCGGGGGACCAAGACACACUCAAACAAGGACAUAAUGGAAAUGAACAAUCAUCGAGACAGUGCCAAUGACUCACCAAUACUUGAAAGGAGGUGGGGGGGAAUAAAACAGACAAAACAUUCUGUGUGUGGGAGAAGAUAUACUGGCAUUGAUUACCAAACGAAAAUGACACUUUUUUUGUAACAGGUGUUUCAUGACUUCAUGUGAUAAGAUUCUCUGGGGACUGCGGAUUUAUAUUCUGGCACUUUGGAAGAAAACCACAAUAAACCACCAAGCCUUGACUUGGGAUUUUGCUAAGAGGGCGAAGGGAAGAAUCUCUUGCACACGUAAGAAGAAUGGGCAGAGGGGCUGAGACCACGUGAGACCGACCUGGAAUAAACUCUGUUCUGCAGAGACAAUUGGAGGUGUUCGAUCUCCAAGGUGAUAAAUCAGAACAGUGCCACACAUCUUCUCCCUGUAACACUGUAACACUGUUCUCUGAUCACUAUCUCUAUGUUUUUGUUCUCUCAGAUGUUUCUAUCUACCAUGGGUUCCUCAGUAAAAAAACAACUAUGAAGAGCAGCUGAGAACACUGAAAUACUUUCCAAAUGUUUGCCAGACAUGUUGCCUUGUGAGGUACCACAACUGGUCCUGUGUAAAAUAUCUUUUCUGCAUAUCCUCUCGCCUGACAUUAAGCUUUAUGUUCAUAUAAAAUGAAGUGUCACGAUCGCUUAACUUCUGCUGAGGCACAAGAAAGCUGUGAAUGCUCCAGUCUUUCAGAGAAUGAGUAAAUAUGAACAGUACCUCUGGGAAAGAGGGUGGGAGUCCUUGCAGAUGUUUUCAUUUUUUUUCCCUGUAGGGGUAGGGGGCAUCGGGGCUGGCCUCUCGGAGGGGUAAGUGUUGGUCAUCCCGUUUCUUCUCCGCAGGAAGAAUGUGGAGCCAGCAAGAAACCGAAGUUCAGGCCAUGGAAUUAAAUCCAUUCAUCUCUCUCACUUUUCAACUCCAAAAUAAAUUGUUUAUAGUGUCAGGCUCUGCCUUGUGUACCGUGUCCUGGAAAUACACACUGGACAACCGUUGUUUGAGCCAGCUUUUACCGAAGAACAGCCAGGCUGCUGUUGACACGAGGGCUUUCGGUGGAAAAAGCCUAAUGCGUUACAUUCUUCAGUAGUUUUCUUUGAGAAAAUGGAGAUAAUUCCAGACACCUAGCUGAUUCUUGAUGGCUAUUAUUAUUGUUUGAGUAAACAUGUUAUCUCACAGCAUAUGUCACUUCUUGCCUAAGUGUAGAUAAUCAAGUUAAAUUAAGAAUUUGAAACCAUGCUUUGAAAUCUUCUUCAUAUGUGCCAUAGUUGACUUAUGGACACUGUUUUGUACAGACACCAUCAUAAGGUAAAGAAACAUGGCCAGCUUCAUGUUUGUUUCUGUCCAGGUGACUGUGGGCUUUUUUGUUUUUUUUUCUGGUAGUUCUGUGACUCUGGACUGUGACUAUUGCACUGAUCUCAUAAAUAGGUCGCCUGCAUCUCUUGUAUGCGGUGUGGGCCCGUGUAGUUGGACGGAUGAUUGGUAAUCAGCGUUGGCGUGGGGCAUGAAUGGCGCCCCUGCUUUGAUGAAUGGUGGCAAGCCAGGGUGGAACAUUUAAAAGGUCUCCUCUAAAUUAGCCUCAGACAGAGGUGACUGAUGACUCCGUUGUCUCGAAGAGGAUAAACACGCAUCCAGAUAUACGAUCGCAUGUCCGCGUGCAGCCGGACAAAAUAGGCGAUGCCCCAGCCCAGAGGAAAGCCCCGGUCCAUAAAUCGUCGGGCCGGCUCGGGAAUGGAAGGAGGCUUGCUGCGCCCCUCCGUAGUGGAUAUGCUCAUGUUGGAAGGCCGGGCGCCCGUUUAGCUAGGUUGGUCUAGCAUAAUCCAGCUGUCACAGUGUCUAACAGAGCUGUAUACAUGAAUCAUUUCGAAGUUGCAGCGUUGGGUUGGGUUUCGGCUGUGUUUCUGGUGAUGUACUUGCAAAUCCUGAUCUCAGAUCAGGACCUCUGCUCUGAGAUGAAGAGCUCAGUGUGGGCUUUAUGUCCUGAAAGCUUUGCAGAGUAACGUGUAUUGUAAGGUGGUAGGGAGUGUUCGUUUUGUUGUUGUUUUACCCUAUUCAAGAUUUAAACACAUAAUGUUAUCUACUGUUUAAUUGUUUCAAGUCAAACUUGGGCACUUUGAUAAUCUGUAUAAAUUCAUGGCAGCUGAGAAAACUGAUCUGUUCUGGUUUUUGUCCAUAUAACGCAGUAACAUAUCUUGCACGUUACAAAAAUGUGUUAAAGUGUUCAGAAUUAUCAAUGUUCACACUGCAGCACUAAAAUAAUUCACAUUAUUUUUCAUACGCACUCCAUCCUAGAGGUUGGAUUGUCUAAAAACCCAAAAAUGAACGCUGAAUUAUUUAUGAAGUCAAUGGCACCUUGUUAUGACGUUUGCUUAUGUUCUCAAGCAAAGAAUUAGAGCCUUGUGCUAAUGGAUUUUCUGUAUGACCUCAAUGGUAAUUCAGUCAUUUGGUCUCUGAAGCAAAGGUAAUGAAGAUUGAGAACACUGAUCAUUGGAGAGAGGCUGUUAUCUUGAAAGCAAAUGUAAUUAUUUGUUAACUGGCUCACUAAAUGAAAACUAAAAGGGCAAUCGAAAUCUCGUUUGACUUAGCACUAAGUAAUAUUAAAUAGCAUUUUAAUUAGCUGAAUAACCAAGGAGCUGGAGUUAAGAGAUAACACAGAGAGAGGGGCCAAGUCACCCUAUCAGUACUACAGACAUAAAUCACAAUGAUUGAAAAUCAAUAAAAGUUUUGCAUUUGAGCAUAAUCAUAAUUUUUGUUUACUGCACUGCCUAUUACAUUUGUUAAAUGGGUUACAUACCUUGUAAAUGCGCUCAGUAAUGACGGAGGACACGGCAUGGGGUGAACUCUGCAAUUUUAAUUGUUGUCACUUAAGAAUAGAAAAAUCUAAAAAGCAUAAUUGCAGAAGGCUGUUCAAUUUUAGCUGAAGUUCAUUUUAUAUGCCAUGAAUGAAACAGGAAUUGGAAAGACUUUUAUAUAUUGGUGCUAUUGUGCCCUGAUAAAAAGCUUUCUUUUGCACUGUGUACUGAAAAUGUCCCAUAUGUUUCAAAGCAAAAACACAAAACAACUUUUGCCACAAUAGCAAAGUAGAGUUACAAAACUGAUCACUAAUGGUCCAUCUUUUUACUCCAGAAAUUACAUUCCAAUUCGUUCGGCAGCAUUGUGCGUUUUACAUAUGCCUCUUUUUUCCUUUCCACAAACUAUGAGCGGUCUGCAGUACAAGCAGGGGAGGAAAGGAUGGGUGUCUUAAGUGGCCUUCUGUCCAAAAAUAGGCAAAGCAAGAUCUUUAGUGCAUUAGAACAUGCAGAAGCCACCUCCGUCUGGCAGACAAUCAGUGUCCCCAAAGUUACUUGCUUCAUCUCACCAAGUUUGUACAGAAAUGUUCGUACACGGAACCCGCUCAGUUUUUGUAACCGGAUUUUCCAAAAACGCUCUCGGCUUAAAGGUCUCAUGUAUAAU